GACUUGUCGCGGUCGUGCGGAGCGGUCGCAAGAUGAACCCCGCUCUGGAGCUGCUGGUGUUCCUGGGCACGCUGCUGUACGCCUACGCGGAGGCGCUGGUGAAGCUGCUGCUGCCCGCCAAGAGGAAGGCCGUCCGCGGGGAGCUGGUGCUGGUGACGGGCGCUGCCCGCGGCCUGGGCAGGGCCACGGCCCGCGAGUUCGCCCGGCACCAGAGCCGCUUGGUGCUGUGGGACGUCGAGGCGCAUGGCCUCAAGGAGACGGCAGCAGAAUGCGAAGGGCUGGGAGCCAGCGUUCACACCUUUGUGGUGGACUGCAGCAAAAGGGAGGAGAUCUACAGCGCUGCCGAGAAGGUGAAAAAGGACAUUGGUGAUGUGUCCAUCCUGGUGAAUAACGCUGGGGUGAUUGCAGCUGCCGACCUGCUCUCCACCCAGGACCACCAAGUUGAGAAAACGUUUGAAGUCAACAUUCUCGCUCACAUCUGGACAACAAGAGCUUUUCUGCCAACAAUGAUGAACAACAACCACGGUCACAUUGUCACAGUGGCUUCUGCAGCAGGUCAUUUUGUUAUUCCUUUCAUGGUGGCUUAUUGCGCAAGCAAGUUUGCUGCAGUUGGAUUCCAUAAAGCUCUAACGGAUGAGCUGUCUUCCCUGGGAAAGGAUGGAAUAAAAACAACAUGUCUCUGCCCAGUUUUUAUAAAUACUGGAUUUGUCAAAAACCCCAGUAUGAGGCUUGGAAAGAUCUUGGAGGUUGAUGAAGUUGUGAAGGCACUGAUGGAAGGAAUACUGACCAACCAGAAAAUGGUUUUUGUUCCAUCAAAUCAACGCUUUGCUUUACUUCUUGAAAGGUUACUUCCAGAACGUGCCUUGAAUUAUCUCAAAAAGCUGACGGAUGUGAAGUUUGAUGCAAUCGUUGGGCAUGGAAGCAAUCAGUGAAAAGGAAAUUGUUUCUUAUUCCUCUACGAAAUGACUGAAAGCAGAAUGUAUGCUGAGCACAGCACAGUGAUUUUGAUUCAGAGCAAAAUAAAGAUGGGUACUUCUGCCAGGCCACCGCUUCCCACCACACCUUAAGGUCCACCCCACACCUGUGCAUAACAUGGAGUGUUAUCAGAGCAGAGAUGCAGCUCUAGAAGUCAGAAGGACUGUUCUGGUAUCUGCACAACUGCUUACCUGAGUGCAGUGGAAUUGUCGGAGUAUAAAUUCAUGUGGUCUUAUCAAUGAGUAAAAUUAUCUUGUGGGGAGGAAUGCUUAAAAGUGGCCUGCUUCACCUUAAUGAAUCUUUUAAGUUCAAAAAGCCUUGUACUGCACGCAGUUUAAUGCAUUUUUUGUAGUGAAUACCUGAAAUAAUACAGCCUCUUAAUCAAGUGUUACCUAAAUGUGUUGAUUGUCCAUUAUGCAUGAGCUCCACCAGCACAAUUUGUACAGAAUAAAAGCAGUUCUCUAACCAGAA